AUGGUAAUUAUCAUUAGUGUUGUUUGCGAAAACCUUCUUACCAUCUGCUGGAUAUACAAACGGCGUCUUCAAGAACACCAAGGCAAGUGCGCUGUAGCGAUAAGUCUUUUUUUGCCUGGGGAUACAAUGAAAAGAACAACUGCUCUAGUGUUCAUUAUAAUAUUGGUCUCAGGUGAUGGCAGAGAUGUUACCAAACGAGCCAUUGGCUGUAAGGAAUUGUGCAAUCCAACCAACGCCAGCAUCAACCUAACUGAAGCUUUUCAACAAUGCUGUAAUGAGGCUGAAGAAUACGUUUUGCCAAUGCAGUUUUACAACUUUUCCUGCAGGAAGCUGAUAAUUGAUUCUUACGAAAGUAACAGAUCUCAGAUAAAUGUAACUACUAUAAAAUCUGAAUGUUGCAAAAACGUUACAGAUAACGACUUUACAGCACGAAGAAAUACCAGUUCAAAAUGCCGCUUCAUAAACGUAACAUGGGGAAGAGUGAAGUUUGAAAAGAAGUACGAUCUGGUUGAAGGGGCAUGGAAAAAAGAAACUUGGUUAUUUUUCCUGAAAAUGGUUUCACAAAAGUGCUUAGAAAAUUCUACUGUCGGAAGGGGUUCCGUUAACAUUUCGUAUACAUACCCCUACUACACUAACAAUAAAAGCAAGACUGUGUUUAGUUAUAAGUCUCCGCUGGCGUAUUUGGUAGAGAAGAAGCAAUGUUUCAGCAUGUUUACAGUGGUCUAUGCCUCCUUUAGCCGAAUGUGGAUAACACUGUUCUUGUGUGUCACGUGGACGCUGAUAUCAGGAGUUAUUAUAUGGCUACUUGUAAGUAAAUAUCUUGGUUUCUUAUCUUUCAUGUUGUUGCUGUAAUUAUGUGGCGCGCAGUAAACAGAGUAAGUGCCACGUAGAACUAACUACUGUCUAAGACUGCUUACUGUUACAUGAAGUAGCUUUUGGAGUCUUCCAAGGAGUCCUUGUGUGAUUAAAAGUAGAAAGCAUGGCUUUGUUUUAUUCAAGUUGUCUCAGUCAAUUCCUCAGUUAAUAGCCGAAUAACAUGGUGUCAGAAGUUAAAAUCGUAGUUACAAGAAUUCUAAAGCAGUAGAAGAAGAAGGGGAACGUUUCAGAGAAGCCGUCGUUGCUGUUGUGGUAUUAUUUUCUUGUUCGCGAGUCGCGCACGUGGUGAGACGUCGCCAUAUUGUUUAGCGGAAAGAAACUAGAAAGCACCAGAACUGUGAGUAUUCGUUUUCUUCAACAUGCCAUUUUAUCAAAUACCACCGCCAGCGCCCAUGAACGUAAAGGAUUAUGUAUCAACAAAUUGGAAAAUGUUUAAAUAAGCUUGGUGUUAUUAUGUCACUGCCACUGAACGUAACAAGAAACCUAAAGAAGUACAGGCUGGGGCUUUAUGUAAUGUUACGGGAAUGGACUGUGUGAAAGUAAUGAAUAGCCUUACUACUCUAACUGCAUCUGACAAGAAAGAUUCAGAGAAGAUUCUUUCUGCCUUAAGCGACCAUUUUAUGCCUCAAAAACAUUUGUUGUUUGAAAGAGUAAAAUUUGGUUUUGCCAAUCAAGCUGAAAAUUAAAGCAUUGAUCAGUAUGUAGUGAGAUUGCGCCAGCUUGCUGAGUCAUGUUAAUUUGAGAAUCUUUGUGAGAGCUUAAUUCGUGACAGAUUGGUCAUUGGCACUCGAGACUCUUCCACCCGCGACCGCCUACUUCGAGAACGCCCUGUGCCGGGGUUAGCCAGGUUUAUUGAAGCUCUUCGAGCCAGCGAGUUAUCUAGGAUUCACAAAGAGCAGUUUAAAGACCCUGUUGAUUCGCCAAACACUGUUCAUGCAGCAGAAAAGCAUCAUUCAGCAAAUGAGAAAAGGAAAGGAAAUCGUGGUAGUAGCAAUGGAAACUUGAGAGGUCGUAACAAGUCCGGAAAAGAACAACCAUCUGGUCUAUGCAAGUUUUGUGGCACCGAACAUCCAUAUGAUAGAGCCAAAUGUCCUGCGUCUGGUAAAACCUGUCACAAAUGUGGUAAACAAGGCCACUUUGCCGUGAAGUGUCAUGUAAAGAGGCAGCCCCCAAGUAAACCAGACAAGAAAGUUCAUCAAACAAGUGGAGCGCAUCAGAGAUUUGCAGAGGAUAGUGAUGAAUCAGAUGAUUCUAUUUUUAUGGUAGAGCGCGUUGGAGUUGUCAGUACCAAUGAAACCAGAUCCUCCUUUAUGGUACCCUUCACCUUUCACACUGAGUACAGCCCUACGGUUACAACUCAGCUGGAUACUGGAGCAACUUGCAGUGCAAUGUCCUAUGCAGAUUUGUUGAAUAUUUUGCAACUUGGCGAAGUUCAGUUGGAUCCACCUGGAGGCAAGAUAAGGCUUUAUGACGGUAGUGUUGUCAAUCCACUUGGUUCGUACACAUUUUCAGUCAGCCAAAACAGUGGCCCUAAAAGCAAGAUAAAAUUUGACAUCUUGGAGAAUGCACCUUGGCUAAUCAUAGAUGGUAGAACAUGCGUUGACCAAGGUUGGAUAUCCCUAGGAACAGAAGCGUCUGUUCACUCAUUAAAUAGCACGCAAUAUGAACCCCUCACUAUGGAGGAACUUUUGAAGGAAUAUGAAGAUGUGUUCACCGGACUUGGUUGCCUACCCGGAGAAUAUCACAUUGAAGUAGAUCCAGGCAUUAAGCCAGUGCAGCAUGCUCCUCGACGUGUACCAGUACCACUCAAAUCAACGUUGAAAGAAAAGAUUGAUGAAAUGGAAAAGCAAGGCAUCAUUGUCAAGGAAACUCAGCCAACAGAAUGGAUCAGUAGUCUUGUAGCUGUGCAGAAGCCAGGGAAACUGAGGGUGUGCAUUGAUCCGCGUGAUUUGAAUAGAGCCAUAAAGAGGCCAAAGUAUCAGAUGCCGACAGUGGACGAGGUGCUACCAAAGCUGUCAAAAGCAAAAGUAUUUACAGUAUUAGAUGCCAAAGAUGGAUUCCAUCAAGUUAAGCUAGACAAUGAAAGUUCACUCCUUACAACAUUCUGGACCCCUUUUGGGAGAUAUCGCUACCUUCGCAUGCCACAAGGAAUCAGCAGCGCCCCAGAAGAAUAUCAACGGCGCCAGAAUGAAGCGCUCGCAGGCCUCAAUGGAGUAGAAGUAAUUGCAGAUGACAUCUUAUGUUAUGGCAGUGGAGAAUCUAUGGAAGAAGCUUUAGCAGAUCACGAUCGCAAUUUAGUGAACUUGCUAAACCACGCAGUGUUAAUCUUAAAUUUAACAAGAACAAGUUGAGGUUGAAGUUAGACCAAGUAACUUACAUGGGACAGUUGUUCACGUCAGAAGGACUAACGCCUGAUCCCAUGAAAGUCGAAGCAAUUGCAAGCAUGCCUCGACCAGAUGAUAAGAGAGCAGUCCAACGUCUUCUGGGAUGUGUUAAUUAUUUGUCCAGGUUCAUGCCACAGCUCUCAAAAGUGUCUGAACCUCUACGCAAGUUAACUGAGAAGAAUGUCAUGUUCACUUGGGACAGUUCACAGGAGAAAGCUUUCCAAGCAAUCAAAAGCAUGAUCAGCUCUGCACCCCUGUUGAAGUAUUAUGAUGUGGCCAGUGAAACCACUAUCCAAUGUGAUGCCUCAGAGUCUGGUUUGGGAGCAACCCUGCUCCAAGAAGGACAACCGGUUGCAUUUGCAUCACGGUCGUUGAGCACUGUUGAACGCCAGUAUGCUCAAAUAGAGAAGAAAUGCUUGGCGAUUGUUUUUGCUUGCAGUCGUUUUAAUCAGUACCUACACGGAAGAGAACUUACAAUUGUAGAAACAGACCAUAAGCCAUUGGUGCCCAUUUUCCAGAAGUCUAUUCAUUCAGCGCCUAAAAGGCUACAGAGAAUGCUCCUGCGUCUGCAAAGGUACAAUCUAAAUGUGACGUAUCUUCCUGGUUCCCAAAUGUACAUAGCGGACAUGCUUAGCAGAGCUUACCUCCAAGUUGAUCGCACCCAGUGUAAGAGGACACCAGAGUACCAAAUCUUCCAACUCAAGCAAGAACAGCAGCUGUUUGAAGAAAUUGCCAGCAUCAAUCAAGUUGAUUACAUGCGCUUAUCUGAGGGUACCCAUCAGCAGAUUAAGCAAUGCACUCUUGCAGACCCCACUUUGCAGACUCUAAUGAACACUGUUACUACAGGAUGGCCAGUCUCCAAAGAAUAUGUUCCACCUUGCAUUCGAGAAUAUUGGAAUUACAAAGAAGAGUUAACAGUGCAAGACGGAGUAUUGUACAAAGGAAUGAAGGUCAUUGUUCCCAUUUCCAUGAGACCUCAGAUGAUUGCCAGAGUCCAUUCCAGUCACUUAGGACCUGAUGCCUGUGUACGUCGAGCACGUGAUGUGUUAUUUUGGCCAAGUAUGGCAGGCCAAAUCAAGGAACAAGUUCAAAACUGUGAAGUUUGCAAUGACUUUCUAGCCAGACAACAGAAGGAACCGUUAAUGAUACAUAAGAUUCCAGAUACCCCAUGGUCAAAGGUUGGUCAGGAUCUCUUCACCUAUGGAAGUGAGACCUUCCUAGUGACUGUUGACUAUUACAGUGAUUACUUUGAACUAGAUUUGUUGCAAGAUGCAACUACAGAGUCUGUGAUCAAGGCAACAAAGUCACACUUUGCCCGGCAUGGUAUUGCAGACAUGAUUACAGACAAUGGUCCCCAAUAUUCAAGCGAUCAGUUCGCCGCUUUCACACGAGAAUGGGAAUUCCAGCACACUACCAGUUCGCCACUCCACAGUCAGAGCAAUGGCAAAGCAGAGUCAGCCGUUAAGAUCGCCAAAAAUCUGGUUAAGAAGGCUAAGCGAGAAAACAAAGAUCUUCAAAUGGCCCUGUUGGAAUGGCGAAACACACCUGACAUUAACAAUUUAAGUCCAACUCAAAAGCUCAUGUCAAGAAGAACUCGGACCACCAUCCCCACCGCUGAAGCGUUACUCAAACCCGAAAUUGUCGACGGUGUACAUGACAACAUUAAACGUAAGAGACAGCAGACCAAAGCAGCUUACGACAAGAGCGCAAGACCAUUGCCCGAGCUUCAAAUUGGAGAACCAGUACGUCUUCAGCCAGUAAACCCCAAAGCUCCAUGGGACAAAGGCUCGUGUGUGGCAAAAGUCGGCCCACGUUCGUACCUGAUCGAAACAGAGAACGGAAACCUAUACAGACGUAAUCGGAAGUUCAUCCGCCAAGACCCUAGUCAAGGAAAUCAGCAGCCCAUCAUCACCGAUAGCAGCUCAACCAAGCAAAGCUCACCUUUGCCAAAGCCAGCAGAUGUCCACCCUGAACCUACAGCGAAAGAAGAAAGGAAAUCGCAGCAACCUCAGACUCUCGUUACAAGAAGUGGCAGAGUCAGCGUUCGCCCAUCAAGAUUCGCAGACUACGUUUAAUAGACGAUUUACUGAAACUGAACUUUGACAUUAACUUUAGUUCUCUGUUGAGUUUUAGUUUUGCUUCCUAGGAUCAAGUCAACAUAUAGCAGAAAGGCAUUUAAGUGCAUAAUUUAGGCCAGAUAAUUUCUAAAUUCAAGUCGCUGAUUUUUAGUAAGAUCGUUUAUUACUGUAAAAGGGGAGAUGUUACAUGAAUUAGUUUUUGGAGUCUUCCCAGGAGUCCUUGUGUGAUUAAAAGUAGAAAGCAUGGCUUCGUUUUAUUCAAGUUGUCUCAGUCAAUUCCUCAGUUAAUAGCCGAAUAACACUUACUGACUGAGCUGAAAUGAAGCGGAUACUAGUUAGAAUAAAUAAUACAUUCAACUAAGUGGUACCCGCCACAGAAAACAAGACAUAAAUAGAGACUAGGACAAGUUUGUUGCGGUGUAUGUUGUGGUUCAGUUUUAUCCUUGGUUUAAAUUUUAUUUUCUUUUGUUUCAAACUCAUUAUCAUACAUUACCAUACCCAAAAACAAAGGAAAAUAAAAUUUAAACCAAGGAUAAAAUUGAACCGGAAACAUAUACACCAGACGUCACAACGGCGAUCUGUAUGUAAUACAGAUUGAAAGGGUUUCUCCCCUUUGGGAACUGCACCAUUUUCAUGUAAAUACUUCCAAAAAUUGUUUAUUGUAUUGAACACCAACAUGGCCACGUUGACACAUAGCUGCAAACCAAGAAUAAAAAGGCGCAAUGAAUUUGGGCAGGUGAAGUUGAAAUUUAGGAUAGAAAGAAAUUAACAACUAGUGACACUUACACGCUGGAAAAUUGUGUUUUAUAAGAAAAGGGCUUACCUAUCCAUUAAUCUUCUUUUCUUGAAGGCCAGUGGGGGGGGAGGAGGGAAAUAAGUGGAUGGAUGGAUGAUACACCAAAUGGUUUCUCAUAGCUAUUUUUUUGUACCCAUGGGCAAAAUGCAAUUGCUUUGGCUAAGAGUUAUGAUGCCAUUUAUUAGAAAAAGUCUGAAAGCAGCGCAUUUUGUAUCACAAUUUUUCGUACUAAUUUCUUUUUUUAAGAAUUUUGAAAUUUUUCACCAUAAUUGACGCCAAAACUGCAAUUACAUCAGAGGUACUCAUAUUUUUUUUUCGUUAUGCGCAAACUAUUGGUUUCCCGUUGAUAACGAGAGAAAUUUUCCGUCAGUGUAAACUUCUAUCUUAUUGCUUUUUAUCCUAGCUUACCUUAGCUAAAGGGAAAAUAUUUGAAAGAAAACAUAAUUGUCGUUGCUACUGUUCACUCUAUCUUAUCUUUAAUCAGGAUCAUAAAAUUAACCAGCGCCAGUUUCCCUUGUCUUUUUGGAGAGGAGUGCGUGAAGGAGCCUGGUGGGCAUUGGUUACAAUGACGACUGUUGGGUAAGUAGAAUGAGUACUGUCACGUGAUGUGAGUAGGAAAACCCUUACUCCUUUUCAACGUGAAAUUGUUUCAGCUGCGUUAAUAAGUAGGAUCACGCAGCCAUCCCUUUUGUGGUCAUGGUCUUAGGAUCAUGAUUAAAAUGUGUAAUUCUAAAACGUCUCCGUCCUUGUUGAAGGAAGAAAUCAUCGUUAAAAUAAUUAUUAAAGGAAGGCAUCUAACUCAUGAUUUAUUAGAGUACAGAUACGUGGAUGACGUCACGGAAAAUGUAAUAAAACUAAAAAUGCUUGAAUAUUUUUAUAAGGAUAAACCAGUGAGCAGAACUUCUUCGAACGUCUUGAGUUGCAGAAUUGUUUUUUUCAGUUCUUACGCGUUUCGUGUGAUUAGCGCACAUCUUUGUUUUUACCACACUUUGACGUCCUCUGUGAUCUAUUACUGAACAGACGCACGGCAACAUUGAAUCUAUUUCUUAAGUAGUAACUGAAGAGGAGUUAAUCUGUUGCUAAGACGGUAAAGCAUUUUCUGCAUGGGAUGUUACUUGUUCUGAUUAGGGAAGAUGUAAGCAGAAGGGUUCGAAAGAACAGACUGCCUGCCGACAGAGAGAAUCACAAAAGAACAGAUUUUAUAAUAAGAACUUAGAACAUGCGAAUGAGAGGAGCCUAAAACUAAGCAGGGACAAGGAAAAAAAUGCCCGCACACGUCAUAGAUUCCAUGCGAUUCCAUAAGCUUUUGGAUCAUCAUGAGCAAUUUUGGAAUACCUAGAAAUAGCUUAGAAAUAUAAUGAUUUUAAGGGAAGAGUCUGGUUAAACAUCAAACCAAGAUUUCAUUCAAUCAAAAAAUGACUCAGUUACUAAUAGUCAGCCUUGGUUCAAUAACUUUUGCAGAAAUUUCGGAUGAUUUUUCGAAUGUUUUUAAUAUAAAAAUAAACAUAGGGGGAAGGGGUAUUUAAAUUUUUGGAAACUUGGAAAAUAUUAGAUUAAGCGGACUUAUUGGUUUAUGUGUAUACCUUUUCUACCCUGACUUAUUUUCUUCCUAAAUCAACAUCAUUUCCCACAAAAAACACUCAGAUUGCCCCCUUAAUAGCAGACAAGGCUUUGACCGUGCAGUUAUAGACAACAACAAGAACAACAACAACACAGCAUCUGUCCUGCGGGUGGUGAAUUGAGUCAUGAUGAAGAAAAACAGUGUGAAACGGUAAAACUUUGAGGAGUGGGCGCGCGCAAAGCAAGGAGAGGAUUGUGGUCAACGGUGGACAGAUGGAGGAUGUGGAAGAGUUUGGUUAGCUUUGGAGCCUACGUUGUCAACGAAAUAUAUCGAAGAUCAAAUGGCAGCAAAAGAGGACAAAAAGGAGAGUGACUAAGCAAGCAGGUAUCAACAUGAGUUGUGAGGAGCGGCGACGCGCUAGGCCAGGCGCUAGGCCAGGCGCUAGGCCAGGCCAUUUACUCUGGAGUGGGGUGAGAAUGACGGCAUUGCUCAAGGCGAGUGUAGGCGUUGGGAUCGAAGAACGCGUGGAAGAGCGGGAGGUAGCAUCAAGUCACGACUUGGAGGAGGACUGUGGAGAAAGAAUGGAACAUAGCAAGAAUAUGGCCAAAGAAUAGGACGGACAGCAUGGCGGCCUUAGAAAUUAUGACACGGAGAGACACGACGAUGAUGGUGAUAUUCAGUAAGAUUCUCUUCAAGAACUCCACAUUAAUCCUUACUGGGUCAAACGGUCGCGUCUGUGUUACUGUUAACUUCUGUAAGAAAUUAAUGGCAUAAUUACCGUGACAUUAUCUGGUAAUACCCGUAGAAGAAUAUUAAAAGAAAAUGAAAAUGAAACAAAGUUAAUUUUCAUACAUUUUUUCCCGUAUAGGAGGCAGUUGCUUACGGGCUCGAGAAAGGUUAACCUGGGCAUGGCAUUGUUUGUUCUCAGUAGUGUAGAAUAAUUCUUUCCUUUUGUCUUCAGAUAUGGGGAUAAGACUCCUAAGUCUCUACUGGCUCGUAUUUAUUCCGCUGUCUGGAUGAUUGUUGGCAUGAUAAUUCUAUCAAUGUUCACUGCCGAAGUUACAUCUAGAAUGACGUCUGAAGAAUUGAUGCCUCAUCACAUGUAUUUGGGGAAAAAAGUAAUUCUUCUUCCCUUCAUUUUACUGUGGGCACAAGGAAUGAUUGAAGGUGGAAAGGCGGGUCCAAAACACAUAAACAGCUUCUUAGUACAUGUUUAAAAACAGAGCGAAUAUGACAGAUAAACAAACAAGAAAAAUAGCUGACAGAGAAUAUCGAUAACAACAGCAUUUCUUCAAUAAACCACUGGUUUACAGUUAACCUUUUUUGCUCUCAAACUGUUUCCCUGCACGAUAAUAGACCCUUUCAACGCGGUUUUCCAAAUUUUGACAUGGAGCCGUUUGUGAAAAUCUUCAAGUCUGCAGAAAAAAGAUCCUAAAAAAGCACAAUAGCCAAGUUUGAGAAUGAUUUGGAUAAAAAGGACGGAGAAAUAGCUCUGCAAACUGUCGCAAAUGUCUCCGAAGGCGUUUGUGUGAUCGGGGGUACCAAGUUAUAUACCCCCACCAUACAAACCACGGUAAAAUUUAGGCAGCCAUCUCUUACAUUAGCCGUUUACUCAUAUUAAGGCACCCUUUCCAGGGGGUCAAUAGACCGAUUGCAAAUAUGGCGACGAUUUUACCAAAGCGAGGCUUUUCGGUAGCAACCAUUGCUAGGGGCCGGUUGUCUGUGUUUACCUGUGCCAUUGCUGGAAAGACUGCAGCUUGUCAGGCGUCUUUUCCUUUAAAUUCGACAAAAAUAAGUCGAUUUUCUUCGCUGAAAAAGGUUUUUAUCUGGUAUGUACGCUUUGAAUACUGUUUUUCUAUCAUGCUAAAUUGAACGAUCAACUGACGCACAGCGAUCACAGACAGAGUCAUUUGUAGCGAUUGCGAUAACUUUGACUGCCUGAUAUUUUUCAUUCAUAUUUUAUUUAAGGUUCACAUGUAAGCUUAAAUAUUAUCAUUCUAAAAGCUGAUCUUCAAUUUUUAGAAUUGGAUUGCAUGCCAUUUUUGCUGUACAUUUAUAAAUAGUGAAACAUGCCGGAUAGUUGUUGCGUGCCUUUGUGCUGCAAGAGUGGUUAUCGUAUUGUUGGUUUUCACAUGACGUCACUAAAAUUCAACUGUCCAUCCUACCGAGAUUUUACUUUCACGAUGUUUUAGAGCAGCUGAAAACUAAUUUUCAUACAAAUUUUCGCUUCAAAAGGGUUCUUUAAUUGUUUUGUGAUAGAGUACGCUUCCAUUUCUAAUCUUUUGCAGGACGCGGCACGUACAUGACAGCCAUAAGAGCUGUCAUGUAGGUUAAAAAAAAUGAUCCCUUUCUUGAAAUUUUGCCAUCUAAACAGUUCGCGUAUUAGAAAAAGUUUUACUUUAAUGUUAAUGAGUUUCUCGAAGAAUAAAUUCACCCUCUUGUAGCAAAACUCGGUAACAGAUGUUUCUGUUGGUUUCCGUCCCCCAUGUUGGAGCUCAUCCAGGUGAGCACCAGCAUGGCGUCUCUGUACAAAUCUCUACAAGUUUGGGUAAAACUGUUCUUCCGAUAUCUCGUAUACGAAAUAUUCCUCUGACCUGAAUCUUGGCGAGGUUCUUUGUAUAUGUACCUCCUUUCAUUUCCCAGAUUCUGGACUUUAUCUAUUGAACGGUUUUGAUUUUUAUUUUGAUCUAUUUUGAAUGGUGUGACACUGAAAACCAGCAAUAGGGCUGGGUGGGAAAAAGAUCACGUAUCAUUGCCUUCCAUUGGAUGCUGUAAGACUUAAGGUACUACUUUCAAAAUACUUAACUUGUUCAUUUAACCUAUCGUUCCAGAUUUCUGAUAUUCUCGAUACGACUUACACUUCAGUAGUAGCUUGUGAAAAUUCGACGAGACGCAUUCCCAGCAUUUCGGAUAACUGAACGAACGGAAAUCUGGUCCUUGCAUUUCAAUAUAACUGAUUUUCGUGUAACCUUAACUGGUCGUCGAUAUUUAAAGGAUGAUGCUAUUUCCCCAAUCCUCAAGUUUCAUGGUCGGUAGCAUCCCCUAAGCGAAAAUCACCACGUGAGAGGUCACCAAGCCAUUCCAUUUCUAUUUUAUUUUACCCUCGAUAACUCGAACCGUGUUUUGAGCCCUUAAAAAGUCGGGAAAAAAACAGUCUACUGGCGUCUGAAACGUUGAAUUUUGAAUUCUUCCCAUUGACGUGUUGUAGGCAUAUAGUUUACUAGUGGAGGCUGAUGUUGUUUGUCACAAAUCUGACGUGAAACAGCUUUACUUCUCAAAACAGGAAAACGCAUGCUCUCUUCUAUUUAGACAACAUUUUGUUCGGUUGCGUUCUGAUUUAUAAUCUAGAAGUAUCUUUCAAUUUUCACUUAACUUUUCUACAAUUAACUGUCAUUAAAAUGUUCACUCUGCAGUAAAAACUGUUUUUCCUUACUCCCGGCUAUUUUCUUCGAGCUUCCGAUAGCUCGAACUUUUUUCGAUUUGCCUUGAAGGUUCGAGUUAUCGGGAGUCGACUGUAUAGGCAAAGUAAAAAGCAAUGACCUUUAUUUCAACACAACGAACUGACGGUACCUUCUUGAAAGUUUUUUAUUGUUUCCAGAGUGAAAAAACAAUAAGAUAACGGACUCGCAUUAGCAUAUAAACAAGCGACCAGCCCCUAGCAACGGUUGCUACCGAAAAGCCUUGCUUUGGUGAAAUCGUCACCAUAUUUGCAAUCGCUCUAGAGACAAACCUGUAUAGACCUUUGUCACGAAGCUAGCCGUGCAUAAACAAAGCUUUUAAAAUCUCCUUAGACAAAAUGUCCGUCGCGUGAGAAAGGUCUAUUGUGUUCUUCUUUAGUUGGUUAAGAGCCUCUAUUACCAUGCAGAACCCUCUGGUACUAGAGAGUUCUCUCUUGUGAUAGAGAGAAUUUAAGAGGGCUUGUACAAACACCGGUCAUCCCUCAAUUAUUUUGCCCUGUUUGGAAGCCAAAUUGGAUCUUUUUUGCCCAGAGAAUUUUAAAAUUGCUAUUCAUGGUAUGCAUGUGCUGUGUCACAGACUAAAAUUUGAAAGUUAAACGUUUUUGAGUAAAUCUAUUGCUAAACAAAUAUACUCUAAAUCAUGCUUAUAAUCGUAGUUAUAUCUCAAUAUUAGGUUGGAGUCCCUUUUCAUAGCAAGCGUUACUUUGAAGAAGAGCUCAGAGGAGCAAAGAUAAUAGGUACUGUAAUCUGGAGAUGAUUUGUGAUGACCAGGUGGUAGUAAUAUUCCUUUACACCAGUUCAUUCAGUUAGCAUAUACACCUUUAAUUCCAUCAAAUUUCCCUCGAUACUUGUCUCAAUAUAUCCAGACCUCAACAAAACGUAGUAUGCAUUAUCAUGACCCGGAAGCAUCAUUCUGUUUUUAUGUGAAUAUUCAGGAAGAUACCGUAUUCCCAAUCUACGAACCCCUGUAUGCCGUGUACCUGAGAAACCCUGAAAAAUUUUGGGUAAGAUUUUCCUUGGAUGCACUACUCUCUAGACAUUCUCGCUUCUGUUACCCUCUUUAUCUGCAAACCUUCGCACUACCUUUUCAUAGACCUUGCCUGGCCUAAUGAAGCAGAUUUUGUAGUCCAUACAGUCAUGUUGUUUAAUGUAGCAGUUCAUGCUUGACACAUGCACUUGUGUGUAAUGCUUUUCAGAGAUAAAUUUCACCGGAAGUUUGACUAGAGACUUGGAAAAAGGAACUCAUGGAAUAGAGAGAAUAGUUCUUCAUGAUUGUGAAGAAUUUGAUGAAGGCACAAACGAAAAGUUUCAGUUUGUACGGGCGUUGAGAAAUCACUACGUUGGAAUAUUCCUCAAAGGUGCUCCUCGCGGUGUGAGAUCGUGUGUUAAGGAUAUGGUGGAAGAGCAUCACCAUGUAAAUGAAUCCUUUGAAGAUGCUCCAGAAUGCGAGAAGAACUCCACAAUUGAUAUGACCGAAUACGGUUCAAGAAAAGGCUUAGACCAUCGAGACGUACCUAGCAUCAUCAUGUAUGUUUCUACUGCUCUUCUUGUGUUGAUGUUUGUGGCAGGCUGCGUUUGGGAUUUGAGGAAGACCAGGAAUCUUCCUAGAGAAAAAGAAGGUAAGAGAAAGGUGUGGUUUAAAGGAUUCAUUCAUUACUUUCAAUUUCGGUUCAACAUCACAAUUUUUCUCGUCUCAGGUAAACAACACCGAUUCGCAGAAAGCUAAUAAGCUGUUCUCGCCUCAUCCGAAUUCCGGAAUCCGGGAAGUUUUUGCCCGCUUAAUUUUGGAAUCCGAAAACAGCGAACAAUUUUCUUGUGGGAUCCGGAAUACUGGGCUUUGGAAUACGGAAUACCACUCAAGGAAUCCGAAAUCCUAUUUAAGAUUGGAAUCAAGAAUAUAUAAGUUUCACGGACAAAUAGUAGAAUCAAUCCGGAAUCCACGAAGUGCAAUCCAGAAUCCAAGACUGUCUUGGAUUUCCUUACAUGGGGUGACUGUUCGUCACGUAAGCCCCAUUCCCGCUUCCAGCCCUUAUAUGCAUUUUCUUGUUUCAGGUAACGCUGGAGACCAUGGAAGUGUAGAAAUGAAUGCGACAGAAGAAGAAAUAGAAAUCAGAGUGAUCAAAGAAGACAAAGAUGUGAGAAGAAGCUUGAAGGCCGCUUCAACAACUGAAGUUCAAAUAGAAUAA